AUGCCAAGACCUGACCAUAGUAAGAAAAGAUUCACCAAUCGAAAAGAAACAAAGACAGCUGAUAUCAAAAGAGCACUUACUCAUCGAGCUCGGUUGAGAAAAAACUAUUUCAAAUUAUUGAAAAGUGAAGGACUCGAAGAACAUGAAAAGUUGAAUUUAGAAGCAGACAAACGUUCAAAUGAUGAGGAUGAAAGUGGCGACUCUCAUGAUGACUCAGCGAGCGAUGAGGAAGUUGGUGACAAAGAACACACUGAGAAACUGAUAUCGAAAAAUAAAAAACAUAGCAUUUCGUCAAAACAAAAACCAUUGAAUUUUGCUGAAAGAGCAGCAAUUGCCAAGCAGCGGAAAGAAGAACAGAGGAAAGCAAAACUUGCACAAGUCCAGGAGAAGCUCCAGCAUAUAGAAAAACAACAGAAAAUUAGAGAGUUGAAGAAACAACAGUUGAAACAAAAGACAAAAUACGGUCAACCAGUAAUGGGACCAAGGAUCAAUAAUCUACUAGAUAAGAUUAAACGUGAUCAUGUAUAA